CUGAGGUGCUUCAGUGAGGGUGUCCGCGGAGCUGAGACGGGUGGGAACCAAAGCAGAGCGCGGGCUGAGGGAGGAGAGCGGCAACUGGAGAGCAGUGAGCGGCGUGGAACGCGGAGCCUUUUUCACAUAUUCCCUCCCGAGUGCCCCCUUCCACCCCUCCCACUCCACACCACCCUGUUUGCCGGUGAGCCUGGGGAACUUGCACCUUAAAGCCAGCCACCCCCACGGCAACAUGUACCCCAGCAACAAGAAGAAAAAGGUGUGGAGAGAGGAGAAAGAACGCUUACUGAAGAUGUCCCUAGAGGAAAGGCGUAAAGAAUACAUAAGGGACUAUGUUCCCCUGAACACUAUCCUAUCUUGGAAGGAGGAGGUGAAGGGCAAGAUCCAAAAUGAUGAAGAAAAUACUCAGGAAACAUCACAGGUGAAGAAAAAUUUGAGUGAAAAAGUUUCCCUCUAUAGAGGUGACAUCACAUUGCUAGAGGUAGAUGCUAUAGUCAAUGCGGCAAAUGCCAGUCUCCUUGGAGGAGGAGGUGUGGAUGGCUGUAUUCACAGAGCAGCUGGCCCUUGUUUGCUGGCUGAGUGUCGUAACCUGAAUGGCUGUGAAACUGGACAGGCGAAAAUCACAUGUGGCUAUGACCUGCCUGCAAAAUAUGUCAUCCACACUGUAGGGCCGAUAGCAAGGGGCCACAUAAACGGUUCCCACAAGGAAGACCUUGCAAAUUGCUAUAAAUCAUCUCUGAAGCUGGUGAAGGAAAAUAACAUUAGAUCAGUUGCAUUUCCCUGCAUUUCAACAGGCAUUUAUGGUUUCCCGAAUGAGCCUGCUGCAGUGAUUGCCCUCGGGACCACUAAGGAAUGGCUAUCCAAGAAUCACCACGAGGUGGAUCGAAUCAUCUUCUGUGUCUUCCUAGAAGUUGACUUCAAAAUCUACAAAAAGAAAAUGAACGAAUUUUUCCCUGUAGGUGAUAAUGAAGAAAAAGAUGUUGACAUGAAAGAAGAUUCAGAGGUGUUAGAGCCAAAAGGCCUCUCUCCACCCCACAAGAAGAGCAAAGCAAAGAAGCCAGAAACUUUCAAAGAUUCUAGCGAGGAUGAGAAUGGUCCAGAGGGAAAACAAAGUGCAGAAGAAAUGGAAGGGCAGAGCCAAGAAGCAGAUGGUGUCAAUGCUGCUACUGUGCACAGCCCUGCUUCAGAAGAGGCAGCUGAAGUCUGUAAAGAUGAAGAAUCUGCAAAGGAUGACAAUAUUACAAAAGGCAGUGAGGUAACAGAUCAUGCUGUGUGUGACCAAGAUAAUCCUAAUGGACAAGAGAAUGAUUCAAUGAAGAAUGAAAUAAAAAUUGAGACAGAGUCACAGAGCUUGUACAUGGAAACAGAAGAGCUUCCAUCAAACCAAGAAGAUGCCACGAUUGUAGAGCAACUGGAAGUGAUGCCAGUAGCAGGUGACCAAGAAGAAAAAGUGGAGAAAGCUCAAGGUGAGGACACGCCUAGAGUUUCUGUGAAAAGCAAAGGCUCUGGUGACACAGAAGGCUCGACAAGUCCUGAUGUUGAAAUGAAUAGUCAGGUUGACAGUGUAAAUGACCCAACAGAGAGUCAGUAAGAUUAACUACGAGGGGCACAAGGUGAAGCAAAGGAGCAAAGAAAUGGAAGUCAACGCCAGUCCUCAGCAUUACAGGGCCUCUGCUGGCCCUGGGGAAGAUGGGAAGACAGCGGCCAGAGCUAUGGAGGAGGGUGGGGUGGGGGUAGGCAAGUCCCAUGGAAGGACCAGAAAUCCUUUGCUCUAAUUUCGCCAGCUGUAUUUUAUUCUGUUUACCUGCAGAAAAAAGGAAAACAAAAACCCUUUAAUUUGGUGGGGCACCCCCACUAACGCAUCUGUCAGGCUCUAUUCCUGUAAUUUCUGUCUUUUCUCUCACAGCUUUGCCCCAGGGUCAUGAUUUCGCACUCAUGUGUGUAGCCUGGGCCCUGUCUGUUUUCUCAGUUAUUUCACAAAGCUGGUCGAACAGCGGUUUCUUCAAAGAAACAAAGGAAGAUGAUUGUUGCAUAAGCUGCAGUAUAAAUAUCAGGAAUCACCAAGCCCAAUGUCAGUGUAAUCCACAGGCAAAAGAGGCAGAAUAGAAAAUAGGCAAAACCCUCAAAAUCACUUGGAAAAAAGGUCAGGACAAUUAACUGAAAAUGAUAUUUUCUUCAGGGAUUCCCAAGGCACAGUUUACAGUUUUGUUCCGCGUGUUUAAUGAGGAAUGUGGAGGUGGGGCUUUAUUCAGAACAGAGCACAGAGGUGUACCAAAGAUGGCAGGCCAUUCUCGGGUCUCUCCUUUGAUCUGUAGGACAGCAGAGGUGUUCUUUGACACUGACUCUCGUCUUAGCAGAGCUUUCUUGGUUUGUGAGGUCUGUGAGGUCUUUAACAAGUGCUUCAGCACAGAGCCCCCAGUGAGCUGGGACUCCGUUACACCAUUAAAAGGGAUGGCACUUUUCCAGGUGUUUUAGCUGAGAGGGGGCUGCUAUGUUUAGGAUCCAAACAUAUGCUUGUGAAAUUAAAAAAUUCCACUUGAAAUCUCUCUUUGUAUAUAUGCUUUCAAAAAAGAACAUUAUCUUUACCCAAAGUUUGAUGGCCCAUGGAGCAGAUUCUCACUUAAAGUUAGAGGCAGUUAGGUCUUGCUUACAAUUUUGGCUUCCUGGCUCCAUUUAAAUGGUGUGGUUUUCUUGUUCCAAGUCUAAGACUAAUAUAAUAGCUGGUCCUUUCUUUCAGCAGAUUAUGACCUCUAAGGGGAGAAGCAGUACUAAUGAGCCAAGAUACCAGAAGUAAAUUGGCCACAGGGAUGAAGGGCCAGGAAAAAGUCUAACAUUGUCACAAAUGUCUGUCCUAGAAGGGCCAAGACAAGCAAUGACCUUACGGGGCAAGAUGACAGCUUCCCACAGCCUCCCUGGGUUCUAAGAUCAUUCAGUUUUUUUCCCUGUGUUAACUGUUAUUAUUUCUUGCAUAUCUUCUUAAAUUCAUCUUCCUUAUAAAAGCUUCAGAAUUUUAAGUUAUUUAUAUAUUUUUUCUUAAUAGAAGAAUAAAAUUAAUAGAUCAAAUUGAGUAUUUCUAAAAUAAAAGGAUGUUCUGCUUUCUAAAUAUUCCAUGAAAUUCUUCUGUUUUUACCUUUCCUGUAUGGAGAUUCAACUUUGUGUCUUGUGAAUUUUGUGUUGGCCUUUCUGAAGGUAUUGCCCCUCUGCAUGGCCCAUCUGGUGUACUGGCAUCAACAGCAAGUUCUAUUUCUGCAUAUGUGAUAUGUUUUUUAACAUUCCAUUCUUAAAACUGCUCAUCGACCUAGCAACCAUUCUGUUUAAGUGACCUCACCAGUUUGGAACAUGGCCAUUGCUCCUUCUGUCACUUAUUCUACAGUCCUUCACUGCCAUUAGACAUU